GUCCAAGGUGGUGGAAAUACUGGAAAUGCUUUGACUUGUGCGGCUCGUCUUGGCUUAAAGCCAAGGAUAAUUUCUAAGAUUGCAAAUGAUCCUCAAGGCAGGGCCUUGGUAGAGGAGCUAGAAGCUGAAGGGAUUGACACCUCUUUCAUGGUGAUCUCCAAGGAGGGGACUACACCAUUUAGCUACAUCAUUAUUGACAACCAAACGAAAACACGCACUUGCAUAUUCACUGAAGGAUAUCCUAAAAUGAUACCGGAAGAUCUUCCACGACCUCGUUUGUUAUCUGCACUGGAUGGAGCGAAAUUGGCUUAUUUUGAUGUAAGAAUGCCAGAAACUGCUCUUGUCAUUGCUCACGAGGCAUUUAAUCGAAAAAUACCUAUCUUAGUUGAUGUUGAAAGGCCAAGGGAAGGACUGGACGAACUCCUACCACUGACAGAUUAUGUUAUAUGCUCGGAAAAAUUUCCACAGGCUUGGACAAGAGCAUCAACUAUUCCAAGAGCACUUGUUUCGAUCAUGUUAAGGCUUCCAAGACUCAAAUUUGUAAUCGUGACUUUAGGAAAGAAUGGCUGCAUAAUGCUUGAGCAACUUGCGGAUGAGAGUCCCCUAUUAGAAGAAAUUGAUAUCGAUAGCGACUUGGAGUCACUAUCAAAGUCGAAGGAUGAUAGCACCAUGCCUACAAUCAUAGUCUCGUCCAUAACAAGAUUUACUGCAGAAGGAAUAGGAUCCAUGUGUGGAAGGUUAUCUAUUGGGACUGCUGAAAAGAUUCCAGAAUCAGAGAUUAUUGAUACAACUGGUGCCGGGGACGCAUUUGUUGGAGCUAUUUUAUAUGCUAUAUGCGCCAACUUUGAUCCAAGGGCAAUGUUGCCAUUUGCUUCUUAUGUGGCUGCGGCCAACUGUAAAGCUCUUGGAGCUCGAAGUGGUCUUCCAUAUCGCACUGAUCCAUAUUUGGUAUCAGUAUUUGCUCCGCACUGGUAGAAACUCAAAGCAAUUGUGAAAUCUCCAAUGUAAUAUGUGCAAGAAAAAUAAUGAUUCACAAUACAAAAUUGAGCCUUUUCAUGAUCUCAGUUUGUAACUUAGCAUUUUGUUAAGCUUGCCCUUUGCACAAGUUUUUAUAGCAUUUGUUUUGUUGGUGAUACUAAGUGUACAAGUGUUUUUGACAAUCAAAUCUGACCAAGUUGGAAGAAGGUGGAGGAGAUGCUGGAAUUGAAGUUGAAUGCGUGAAUAACAGAAAUGAAAAAAGCAAAAAACACAUAAAGAUACUUAGUUAGAGUUGGUUACAAAAAUAACUUAUUCACCUAUUUUUGUUUGUCGUUUGUUUUAAUUUCUAUUUGUAAUUUAAGUGUAAUGAAUUUUUCAAGAAAUGUCAGAAUUGUUUUUGCUCAUUUUUUAUGGUA